GAUACUCGGUGAGUAGAAGAAAAGGAGAAUCUAAAUUCUAAGGAAACUCCUCAGAUCGAAAUCGAAACCAUGUGGCGGAGACUCUUCUCUUCUUCAAACCUCAAAUCCCUACACACAGCACUCUCUCCUUCUCGUCCCCGACUCGCCGCCCCUCUCCUCACCCGCCACGUGACCGCUCAUUCAGGUGCUUCUUCCGUCAAAAGGAGGGUUGAAGAUGUCGUGCCAAUUGCUACCGGCCACGAGCGUGAGGAGAUUCAGGCUGAUCUUGAGGGAAGGGAUAUUCUUGAAAUAAACCAUCCCGUCGGCCCUUUUGGCACAAAGGAAGCACCUGCCGUUGUUAAAUCUUACUUUGACAGAAGGAUAGUUGGAUGCCCAGGAGAUGAAGGCGAAGAUGAGCAUGAUGUUGUCUGGUUUUGGCUGGAGAAAGGCAAGCCUAAAGAAUGUCCAGUGUGCUCACAGUAUUUUAAGCUCGAAGUGGUCGGACCUGGUGGUGAUCCUUAUGGACAUGGAGAUCAUGAUCACCAUUGAUUGCAUCCCGUAAUUUUCCUUCAGAAAUAAAAUUUGCAAAGAGAAGAGAGACAUUUCCACCUUUCAAAAUUAUGAGGCAUUGUUUUGUUCGGAUUUGAUUGGUCUAUACCUUGCGGUUUUGCGACUAUAGAUAUAGAAGAUUUCUGUGAUUAUUUUUUAGACACACUUUGGUCACAUUCGAUUCAGUUAUCAAAUCCUUUUAGGAUUUUUGUUUUUGGCUUUGCCAAAUAAAUAAUUGAUAGCAACACUAUUUUUUUAACGAUUCUUGAAUAUGUAGAUCGUACAACUAUGUGAAGCACCUAAACCACGAAAGGGAUUAAGGAUUACAAACUCGAUCGAAUUGAAAUAUUUACAUUGCA